ACAGCUACCAUGUCCUUCCCGCACUUUGGACACCCUUACGGCAGCGCUUCCCAGUUUCUGGUGUCUGCAAGUUCCAGCGCCACUUGCUGCGAAUCCGCCCCGCGCUCGGUCCCAGACGUGGCCUCAGGCUCCACCCCGGCGGCCGCUCUCUGCUGCGCGCCCUACGACGGUCGGCUGCUGGGCAGUGCGCGGCCCGAGCUGGGCGCGGCCUUGGGCAUCUACGGAGCCCCCUACGCGGCCGCCGCAGCUGCCCAGAGCUACCCAAGCUAUCUGCCCUACAGCCCAGAGCCGCCCGCGCUGUACGGGGCGCUGAAUCCACAGUAUGAAUUUAAAGAGGCCGCAGGGAACUUUACACCUGGCCUGGCACAAGCAGGAGCCUAUUACCCCUAUGAGCCGACCCUGGGCCAGUACCAGUACGACCGGUAUGGAGCGGUGGAGUUGAGUGGCACUGGCCGCCGGAAGAACGCCACCCGGGAGACCACCAGCACGCUCAAGGCCUGGCUGAACGAGCACCGCAAGAACCCCUACCCCACCAAGGGCGAGAAGAUCAUGCUGGCCAUCAUCACCAAGAUGACCCUCACCCAGGUGUCCACCUGGUUCGCCAACGCGCGCCGGCGCCUCAAGAAGGAGAACAAGAUGACGUGGGCGCCCAAGAGCAAAGGCGGGGAGGAGAGGAGGGCUGAGAGUGGAGCAGAGGACUCCCUGGGCUGCCUGAAUGGUGACGCCAAAGAUGCUUCUGCAAGCCAGGAGGCCCGAGGGCUCCGGCUGAGUGACCUGGAAGACCUGGAGGAAGAGGAGGAGGAGGAGGAGGAAGAGGAGGAGGCCGAAGAAGAGGAGGCGGUGGCCACCGCUACGGACAGGCUGGCUGAGUUCCAUAAAGACUCGCAGGCGCAGCCAGCACCAUACGCCGCCGCGGCGGCUCGAGAGGGCCGGCUGGAGCGCCGGGAGUGCGGCCUGGCGGCGCGCCCCUUCUCGUUCAUUGAGCCCCCCGGGUCGGGAGAAGCGGAUUUCCUCCGGGCGGAGCCUGGGGGCCCCACGUUGACCCUGCACUACCCGUGCCGCGAGAAACCGCGCAUCUGGUCCCUGGCGCACACUGCGGCAGCCAGCGCUGUCGACGGGGCAGCGCCAACCCCUCCCAGGCCGCGAAGUCCCGAGUGCCGUCUGAUUCCGGGACCGCCUCCGGGCUCCGGCGGCCCACCCGCCGUCCCCAGAGACUCCGCGGGCGAAGAGUCUUCCCGCGCAGCCAAAGCCUUUGGAAACCACCCGUUCGCCCUGCAGGGGCCGCCGAUGAACUGUGCGCCCUGCCCGCGGCGGAGGGAGCCUGCAGUGCGGUGCCAGUACCCGUCUGGAGCAGAAGCAGGUUAGCGCAAUGGCUGCGAUUUGCGGAAGAAUCUCGGAAAUACGCCCUACUUUUGGAACUCACCUCCACGCUGGGAGACCUUGCCAGGGACUGGGGGCUCUCACUUCGCCUAAGAGACAGACACACAGAAACCCUUACCCCGGCCCUUCUUGCACGCAGAGCUGGGAGUGGCGGGCGGACGUGCAUCUCGCCAGACCCGCUGGAGGAGGUGGCGCGGCGCACCCGGGGGAGGGCCGGGUGGGACAGCCGGGCGAGUCUGUCCUGUGCACCCACUCGGGACACCGAGUCGGCCUCCCUCCUCUUGAUUCAGGGUCUGCAGCAACUCCUUCUCUCGCUCACCCCCACCCUACCCCCUUUCACUUUGUAACUUCAGCGCCGACCUGGUCCCUAAGGACCACCUGCGUCUUCUCCUCGUCCU